AUGCCGUCCACCGAGCCAUGGAGCCCCAGCUGGGGCACGACGUCUUGGGACUACUCGGGCUCAGGCUUCCUGGACCAGAUGGAGCUGUGCCCGGCCUGGGACCUGCCUUACCGCCACGCUAUCAUCCCAGCGCUCUACCUGGCGGCCUUCGCCGUGGGCCUGCCGGGCAACGCCUUCGUGGUGUGGCUGCUGGCCGGGCGGCGCGGGCCGCGGCGGCUGGUGGACACGUUCGUGCUGCACCUGGCGGCUGCCGACCUGGGCUUCGUGCUCACGCUGCCGCUGUGGGCGGCGGCGGAGGCGCUGGGCGGCCGCUGGCCCUUCGGCGCCGUCGCGUGCAAGCUCAGCAGCUCCGCGCUGGCGGCCACGCGCUGCGCGGGCGCGCUGCUCCUGGCGGGCAUGAGCGUGGACCGCUACCUGGCGGUGGGCCGGCCGCCGAGCGCGCGGCCGCUGCGGACCCCGCGCUGCGUGCGAGCGGCCUGCUGCGGCGCCUGGGCGGCGGCCGUCCUGGCGGGGCUGCCCGCCCUGCUCUACCGCGAGCUGCAGCCGAGCCCGGACGGCCUGGGCAGCCGGUGCUCCGAGCGGCCCUCGGAUGCGCUGCAGGGCCUCGGCCUGCUGCUGCUGCUGCUGACCUUCGCGCUGCCGCUGGCCGUCACCCUCGCCUGCUACUGCCGCGUGUCGCGCCGCCUGCCGCGCGUGGGCAGGGCCCGGAGCAACUCGCUGCGCAUCAUCGUCGCCGUGGAGGGCGUCUUCGUGGGCUCCUGGCUGCCCUUCGGCGUGCUGCGAGCCGUCUUCCACCUGGCGCGGCUCCGGGCGCUGCCGCUGCCCUGCUCGCUGCUGCUGGCGCUGCGCUGGGGCCUGGCCGUCGCCACCUGCCUGGCUUUUGUCAACAGCUGUGCCAACCCGGUCAUCUACCUGGUGCUGGACCGCUCGUUCCGCGCGCGGGCCCGCUUCGGGGUGUGCUCGGCCGCCGGGCGCCGGGUGCGAAGGAUCAGCUCGGCCUCGUCGCUCUCCAGGGACGACGGCUCGGUGUCCUGGGGCCGGUCCCCGAAGGCGAGCUCGGCCUCGGCGGCCUGGUAGUCUCCCCGGGGCGGCGAAGGGGAGCGGCCGCGGGGCUCCAAAGACGGGAACCUCACGGAGGGCGACCGUGCGCCCGGGGACUGUCCAGAGCUCUCUCGGAGCUAGCUGCUGAGGCUGGCUGUUCUCUCCGGCUGAUAGGGGUGGGGAAGGGUCGAGGUGUUUCCCUAAUUUUCCCCAGGGCAAGGAAGGCUGUGUGAGACACCCACCCGGGGAAGCAGCGUGGGUUCACCUGGUAGGUGGGAGGGAGGGGGUUCCCUUCUCUGUUUCAGUCUGUGUAACUCAGCCCAACAUCCAACCAGACUCUCUCGGGCCUUUUUUUGUCCCUGACUAUUCUGCCCCCUGCAAGAGCCUUUGCCCUCUGCGCCAGCCCUCUAGCAACGCCACCGCAAAGAUGGUCUGUACUCCCUGAGGAGUGACAGCGCGCGCUCUGGUCAUCGCUGUGGUUGCCUGUACCCUACCUCAUCCUCAAUUCGGAUUUUUGUUUUCAGAGGCUCACGAACGACACGGGGGAACCAACCAGGGUGUGCGCUGCCCAGUGCGUCCUUCACAGUACCCCCCCCCCCCCGUGUGGCGACCCUCUUCCCUUCCGGAGGCGCUGGGGACUCACUCUGGAAAUUGUUCUGGCCUUCCUUCUAAGAGUGCUGGGAUCUGAAACUUUUCAGUGGGUGUUCGGAUCCCCUCUCUCAGCCAGGGACCCCAGGUUCUUCUGUGUGUUCACAUUUUAAUAAAAACUUUUGUUA